CUGCGGUGCUCGCGCCGCUCGUGGGUCGGUGGUUGGCCCCGAUGACCCCAGAGAUCUCCAGGCUGGAGGGGCCGCGAUCCCACGGUGUGCAGCGAUGGCGCAGCCUGGCGGCCGCAGUCAACAAUUCCCCCCUGCAGGUCCUGGAAGACGAGCGGGCGGCUCGCUACGUCCACGGCAUCGGCAUCCAUUGGUACCUGGACUUCAUCGGACCCAUCCAGGACACCGUGGUGCCCACGCACCAACUCUUCCCGGAUGUCUUCAUCCUGGCCACGGAGGCCAGCGUGGGCUCCCAUUUUUGGGAGCGGGACGUCAUCCUGGGCUGCUGGGAGCGGGGCAACCAAUACAGCCACAGCAUCCUGACGAACCUGAACAACUUCGUGGCCGGUUGGACCGACUGGAACCUGGCGCUGGACCUGGAGGGGGGACCCAACUGGGUCAAGAAUUUCGUGGACAGCCCCGUCAUC